UUGGGCUGCCACUGUUUGCUUUCAUAAAGCAAUAUCGACUCUCUCAAGACAGGGCCUCCCCUUUCUUCUUUCUUCUUUCUUCUUUCUCUUUCACGCAUCUUCUCGUGGUACCCGCACUUUGAAGAGUUGCUCGUCGACAAUGUCUUUUGCACCUGCUCUGCGCCUUUGUGCGCGCCGGAUUGCCUCCCCGGCUCUGGUCCGCCCUUCUAUCACGUUUGCUAGUGCAAGAAAGCUUCACAGUGGCCCUCCUCGCCAGGAUAAGCCAGGAAAAUACGCCCAAACUGAUCCUCAGAUCGAGGUCGAAUACCCAGAAGACCAUGAGCUCCCUAGCAGUGAGCCUGUCGCCGGCACUGGUGGCCAGUACGUGAAGCCCACACUUCCUACAUUUUCGCUUGAUGGUCACGUCGGUAUCGUCACUGGUGGUGCUCGUGGUUUGGGUCUUGUCAUGGGCCAGGGAAUGGUCUUUUCUGGGUCUCACCUUGCUCUUGUUGACAUGAACAAGGAAGAAGCUGAAAAGCAGACAAGUCUUCUUAUUGAAGCCUUCAAGAAGGAGAACCCUCGAGCGCGACGAACCCCCAAGGUCACAGCCCACUAUGCCGAUGUUUCUGACCCUGAGUCUGUUGAGGCGUGUGUCGCUGAGGUCGUCAAGGAGCAUGGCAAAAUUGACAACCUGGUCACUUCAGCUGGCUUCACUGAGAACUUCGAAGCUGUGAACUACCCCAUCGACCGUCUUCGCAAGCUUUGGGCUGUCAACGUUGACGGUACUUACCUCUUUGCGACCUCAGUUGCUCGCCACCUGAUGGAGCGGAAGGCCCCAGGAAGCAUUGUCAUGAUCGGCAGCAUGUCCGGUGCUAUUGUAAAUGUCCCUCAGCCCCAGGCUCCCUACAACGCUGCCAAGGCCGGUGUUCGACACCUUGCCGCAUCUCUCGCCGUUGAAUGGGCUCAUGCCAACAUUAGAGUCAACUGCAUCUCUCCUGGAUACAUGCUUACUGCUCUCACCCAGAAGAUCCUUGAUGACAACCCGGAUCUCAAAGCGAAGUGGACUUCUCUCAUCCCUCAGGGCAAGAUGGGCCAGCCUCAAGAUCUCAUGGGUCCUGUUGCUUUCCUGCUUUCUGAUGCCUCCUCCUAUGUCACUGGCGCUGAUAUCCGAGUUGACGGCGGUUACACAGUAACUUAAGUCUCUAUGAAACACAGGCGAAAGGGAGUUUGGCUAAAAUUGCACCCUGAUUGGGUUUUCUUACAGUUGGGUCGGCACGCCCGAUAGGUAGGUAGCGAUUGGAAUUCGAUAAUGUACCUAAUGAGACGAGGAAACUUGCACAUCGCAUCGAUGUCUUGAAGAAAUGAGCACAUAUGCUUUCUAUACUUUUUGGGAUUGAGAUUUGCCUGUAAUUGCUGAUUGUCAAAUUGAAACACAAA